AUGGAACGGCCAACGAGGAUCCGAAAGCCAAAUGUGCGCUAUGAUCCUAGUAUUUAUGUUCUCGCAUCUUUCCCGAAGAAGAAAAAACAUGCAAUUAUUCCAAAACAUCAAGUGACUAUUGAUGUGAUAGACGAACAAAAUGGUAGUAUUCGAUCAUCUGGUUUUGCACAACCAGUUCGUAUUAUUGCUGAAGGUACCCAUACAAAGUGUCAAGAAAAAGCUUCUCAAUUUAGUCGCAAUACAGGAAGUGAAGAAAUUGAUAUACAACCUGCUAAUAAUGACGAAGAUGAAGAGCUCGAUGACAAUCACAUUUACACAACCAAACUGUUUACAACAAUGAUGAAAAUGAACCUUUACCACAAGCAACAGGUAGACAACAACUUUCCACCCUUGACAAUGUUUACUUUUUUUCCAGAUUUUCAUUCGAAUUACAAUGUGAAUGAACCUUUACCACCGACAACAGAUUUUGACUCUAUUGUUGCUUAUCAAAAUGUGAAGAAAACGACAAAGCGUAUGACAUUCGGCGAUGAUGAUGAUGAUGAUCAGCUGGAAGAAGAAACACUUAAUAUGGCAUCAGGCAAUCGACAUGAAAAUAAUUCCAAGAAGAAGAAAGGUGAGAAGUUUUGUUGA